AAUAUCUUGAUAAUAAAAAUGCUUGUGUAGUCUAUGAUACUUUGUCUAUGUUUAACACGGAAAGAACACGGCGAAGCGUUUUUGGACAAAAAUCUAACGUUUUUGGUUGCUUUGCUUGUUCAAAUAGGACAAAUUAAAGAAGAUUUAAACCUUGGACUUCGUUAAUCAAAGACGAAAGUAUUGGAGUAGUGAAGAUGGCAGUGAACGUUUAUUCAACGAACGUGACUUCUGAGAAUUUGUCACGACAUGAUAUGUUGGCGUGGGUGAACGACUGCCUGCAGUCGAAUUUCGCCAAGAUUGAGGAACUUUGCACAGGCGCCGCUUACUGCCAGUUCAUGGACAUGUUGUUCCCGAACAGUGUGCCCAUGAAAAGAAUUAAGUUCAAAACAAAUUUAGAACAUGAAUACAUACAAAACUUCAAAAUACUACAAGCUGGUUUCAAAAAAAUGGGUGUUGAUAAGUGGUUUAAAAAGUUUUUUGAUGCCAAUUAUGACGGGAGGGAAUAUGAUGCUUUUGAGGCACGUGGUGGCAUCACUAUCGGGUCGGGGGCUUGUGAAUCAGGAGUGCCGUUAUGUGGGGCAGUGCAGGUGCCACCGCCACCCAGGGCUGCCCGCCGCCCAGCUCCUAUGCACCAUUCCGGCAUACCCAUUGACAGACUGGUGAAGGGUCGUUUCCAAGACAAUUUUGAAUUUUUGCAAUGGUUCAAGAAAUUCUUUGAUGCCAACUAUGGAGGCACGGAAUAUGACGCGGUGGCGCAACGCGAGGGUCUGCCUAUGGGGCACGGGGGUGCCUCAGCCCCUCGGGCCGCGGCAGCAGUUGCCAAGAAACCGACGGCGCCUGUCGCCAAAGUCGCAGCUAGACCCCAAUCCAUUGGCAAAGCAAACAGCACAGUAAGAUCUCCACCAGUUAAUUUAGCCAGAAUAAAUCAAAGUGCUAAGGGAGACUCGAAAGUUAUUGACGAAUUAAAUCUUCAGAUAAAUGAAUUGAAAGCAACAGUUGACGGCCUCGAGAAAGAGAGGGACUUCUAUUUUGGUAAGCUCCGGGAUAUAGAGGUGAUCUGUCAAGAAAUGGAAGAACAGCAGAAUGCUCCAAUUGUUCAGAAGAUUUUGGAUAUCUUAUAUGCAACUGAGGACGGAUUCGCGCCUCCAGAGGAAAUAGACGGCGACAACCCACACCCGCCGGAGGAAGACGAAUAUUGAAUAUCAAUGUAUUUACGCGUAUCAUAGUGCUCUUUGUAUAUUACAUAUAUCAAAUCGAAAUUAUCUCGCUUUACAAUCAUCGACAGUAUCGAGUGCUUAGUAUUUCACAGCCAAUGAGUCGUAUAUUGAAUCAUGUAGGUUAAAUGUUUGGAAACAGUGGCCCUAAAAUGGCUUAAUGUAGCUAAUGUUUACAAAUACCUGCACAUUAGAUGUAAAAUGUAUAAUAAUAAAAUUUUACAGUUAUAAGGCUUGUUACACAUUUAUUACAACUAGUUGUUGUAAACAUAAACAUGCAAUGUUACAUUGUAGGUUAUUGUUUCUGAAGAUUAGUUAAAUAAUAUUUAGCUGUUCUCUGUGUGUAUUGGCCUUUUGACUAUUUAUAAAAGUACUUGAUGCGCAUUCGCAUCUUUUCCUGUUUCAGAUCUACAUCAGGCAAUGGACAGCCCAUUGGACGAUGUAGAUGUGAAACAGGAAAAAACUUUAUUGAUCAAAAAUUGUCAUAUGCACACUGUAAUUAUUAUUUUAUACAAAUUCACAUGGCUGUGUCAUAACUAAGUGCAUUCCUUCUCAUGGGAGCGUAGUUUCUUGACAGAUAUUAUUUCUCAAUUCUUUAUGCUCUCCAUAUCCUGCUAAUUGAGUAAUUAUUAUAAAGCUACAUAGAUGCGAUGAAGUUUGACUGUGGAAUUUAUGAAAGCUGUCUUCAUUUUGGGCCACUGGUGCCUAUAUAAAUGUGCAUUUAAUAGGUUGUUAAAUUAUUGGAAGAGAUUUACUGUUAAUUGUUUAAUUCUGUUAUAGUAAUGACGCAGUUAAAUAAAAUUAUGAUAUUCGGUUCUAAAUUAUACCAUUUUUAAACCGUUUUAGUAACAAGUGAAUAAUAAUUAGAUCUGAAAAUAACUAACAAAAUUUAACUUGUGAUUACCGUUAUGUGGUUAAAAUGGGUAAUCGCUAAUUGGUUCCAGGUAGUGUGAUAUUUACAUGACCAUUAUUUAGGUUAAUCAAAAUACAAGACUUAAACUUUGAAUUUUGCACUAUUAUAACUAACUUUAAGAGGUGUACUAAUUAAUACAUUAUAAUUCAACAUAUUUUUAUUUAGUAGAUUAUUACAUUCUUUAGACGCGUCGAAGAUACUAACGACUUGUUGGCGCAAAAAGAUGUUAUUCGCUGGUUAAGAUAAAUAGAUAAUUAAUUUAUUUACUUUAGCAUUCAUAAAUUGCCUUAACAGCAGAUUAUUAAUUGCCUCUGGUUUUCAGAUUGUGAAUGUCUUAUCGAAUAAAAUAAUAACUUUAUUAAAA